AUGGCGACCUCCUGGAGGCUGAGCGGUGACCCCCGUUUGCUACGCUGUCUCCUGGGUUUCCGUGGACGGGGAAGCCCUGGGCUGGUGAAGGGGACUUUCGGGAGUGCUUUCGGGCGCUCUGUCGGCUGCGUAGGUAGUUGGAGAUGGUUUCACGGCACGCAGUGGAUGCACGUUGAUCCUAUUAAGAUACUAAUGCCAUCAUUAUCUCCUACAAUGGAAGAAGGGAACCUUGUGAAAUGGCUGAAAAAGGAAGGUGAAGCUGUGAGUGCUGGAGACGCACUGUGUGAGAUUGAGACCGACAAAGCUGUGGUUACCUUAGAUGCUGGUGAUGACGGCAUCUUGGCCAAAAUUGUGGUUGAAGAAGGAGCUAAAAAUAUACGGCUAGGUUCACUAAUUGGUUUAAUGGUUGAAGAAGGAGAAGAUUGGAAACAUGUUGAAAUUCCCAAAGAUACAGGUCCUGCCCCAUCACCAGUUGCAAAACCUUCAGUGCCUCACCAUCCACCAGAACCACAGGUUUCUGUCCCUGUCAAACGGGAACAUACACCAGGGAAACUUCAGUUCCGUCUCAGUCCAGCUGCACGUAAUAUUCUGGAUAAGCAUGCACUUGAUGCUAGCCAAGGCAGAGCCACCGGCCCUCGGGGAAUAUUCACUAAAGAGGAUGCCCUCAAACUGGUAGAGCUGAAGCAGAUGGGCAAGAUCACUGAAUCCAGACCAACGGCCGCUCCUCCAGCCCCCACAACCACUCCCACAAUGCCUCUGCCCACACCAGCCACAGCAGAACCUUCCUAUUCCCGGCCAAUGAGCCCACCCGUAUCGAUUCCUGGACAACCUAAUGCAGUGGGCACAUUCUCCGAAAUCCCUGCUAGCAAUAUUCGAAGAGUUAUUGCCAAGAGGUUAACUGAAUCUAAAAGUACUAUACCUCAUGCUUAUGCUACUGCUGCCUGUGACGUUGGAGCGGUUUUAAAAGUAAGGCAAGAUCUGGUCAAAGAUGACAUUAAAGUAUCAGUGAAUGAUUUUAUCAUCAAGGCAGCAGCUGUUACCCUUAAACAAAUGCCAGAUGUUAAUGCAAGCUGGGAUGGAGAGGGGCCAAAGCAAUUGCCCUCUAUUGACAUUUCAGUAGCUGUGGCCACAGAUAAAGGUCUAAUUACACCAAUCAUAAAAAAUGCUGCUGCUAAGGGGGUACAGGAAAUCGCUGACUCAGUAAAGGUUCUUUCAAAGAAAGCAAGAGAUGGAAAAUUGUUACCAGAAGAAUAUCAAGGAGGAUCUUUUAGUAUUUCCAACUUGGGGAUGUUUGGCAUCAGUGAAUUUACUGCAGUGAUCAACCCACCGCAGGCCUGCAUUUUGGCUGUUGGCAGAUUCCAGCCUGUGCUGAAGCUCACUCAGGAUGAGGAGGGCAACGCCAGACUGCAGCAGCACCAGCUCAUCACCGUCACAAUGUCGAGCGACAGCCGAGUAGUAGACGAUGAACUGGCUACCAGGUUUCUUGAAAACUUUAAAGUCAACCUGGAGAAUCCUAUCCGGCUUGCCUAG